AACACGUGAAUAAACCAGAACCAUGCUGCUACAGCCAGUCUGGAGUUUUCUUCUAGGAUACUCAUCUGUCCUGCGUUCCCCCUUCUUCCCAGUCUUCUUCUCUCUGUCAGUGUACCUGAUGUUCUGUUUGCCCUUUUUGCUGCUGGACCUGUUAUCCUUAAAGUGGGACUUUGUGCGCAGAUACAAGCUGCAGUCUCAGAGCUCCAUCAGUUGGGCAACUGUUCAGAGAUGCCUGGCUCUGACCCUCUACAACCAUGUGAUCUUCAUCUUUCCACUCACCGUGCUCAACUGGUACCUGCGGCCAGUGCUGCUGCCCCAGGAUGCUCCCUCCCUGCAUCACCUGCUGGCUCAGGUGCUGGUCUGCCUGCUGCUCUUUGACUUCCAGAGCUUCAGCUGGCACCUGCUGCACCACAAGGUGCCCUGGCUGUAUCGCAACUUUCACAAGCUGCACCACACUUACACCUCCACCUCAGCCCUCACAGCAGAGUACUCUGGGGCCUGGGAAACCCUCAGUUUGGGACUUUUCGCUGCUGCCAACCCCCUGAUGCUGGGCUGCCACCCCCUCACAGAGAUGACCUUCUUCAUUGUAAACAUCUGGCUGUCGGUGGAGGACCACUGCGGUUAUGAUCUGCCUUGGGCUACACACCGUCUGAUCCCCCUGGGAUUGUUUGGUGGUGCACGCCACCAUGACCUCCACCACCUAAAAUCAAACUGCAACUUCGCCCCCUAUUUCACACACUGGGACCGUCUGGCCGGGACGCUGCAGGAACAGGACUGAACCUAAGAUGACACUGCUGGGGACAUCCUGAAACAGACAUCCAGAGAUGUCAUAAAAUACCCAUUCAGCUACAAACUGAUGGCCCCAACCAGUAGCUUUUUUUUUUAUUGACUUUUAUCACCUUUUGAAUUUUGGUGUUGGAAGCUUCCAGGAUCUUGUGGGAAUUCUGUUCUUAUUUAUAUGGAGCACCUUCUUGACCAGUAAACAGACUGAAAGAAGUUUGAAUGAAAGACUUCUACUUUAGUAUAAAGAUUGUCUUUAAAAAUACAAUUAAUGUUCAUAUUGAACCUUUUAACCUGCACCUUUGUAUAGUUUUAUAUACAGUUUGUAUUCAAUGUAUUUGGAGGAGAU